AUUUUCGUGUUGUAAUAUUGGUGAUGCUGUGAUCAGGUGAUCACCAAGACCAACAAAAUAAUAAUAAUAAUAAUACUUUUUGCGUCAACAAACUUAUACCGAAUUUUUUUUUAACUGGGACGCUACCUUGCGUUCAUAUUUACCAGCGAUGGAUAAGUUGACUCUAAUUUCCGGAACAUUAUUUAUGGCAGCCGACAUUUUUGCGAUUGUGAGUUUGGCGAUGCCAGAUUGGAUUAUCACUGAUGUUGGAGGAGACACCCGUCUGGGUUUAAUGUGGACUUGUAUGACACUUUACAACCGACCACAAGUUUGUUUUACUCCAGAUCUUCAACCAGAGUGGUUGCUGGCUCUUGUCUGUAUUUUUGUGGGUUGCAUUUGUAUUACGACCACUAUUAUUCUGCUCGCCUCUUCCCAAUGGGACCGUAAUGUUAUCCCGUAUGCAAGAUGGGUUGGUUUUACAGCAAUGGUUUUGUUUUGCUUGGCUGCUGUUAUAUUUCCAAUGGGAUUCCAUGUUGACGAAAUUGGGGGCCAACCGUACCAAUUACCAAACAGCCAUCAAGUCGGCAUUUCAUAUAUUUUAUUUGUUUUGGCACUUUGGAUCACAGUUAUUUCAGAACUGUUUGCAGGGAAGGUCUGUUUGCCACAUUUUUAAAAUUAUAUAGAACGCAAAUAUUAAGCAAGAAAAUCCUACAAAACAGCUCAAUGUCGUCCCAUUUUAUUUAUUUUGAUAACCGUAAAACUUUAACUAUAAGAAAUUCUCUAUUUUGUGUUUCUUGUCCUUGAAAUAUGUUAACCUGAGUUCGUGGAAGAUGGUAUAUAGGACAAAGGGAAAUAAAAACCAUUAAAUUUGUCGCGACGUUUCGAUCUAAAGUGUUAGCUGUAGGAAUUUCUUGUUAUACAUGUUUAUAAUAGUAUUAUAAGUGGUUGCUGUGAUAAAAUUCUUAUUUUUUAUGAGUAAAGAAGUAUAGAUCUGUAGUUACCUUUUAUGAAAUGAAUAAAACACUUGUAGAACCAA